UCCAUAGCUCAAAACUCAUUUACGUGACCAAAAAAAAAAGGUACUACGAAGAAGUUUCAAAUUUUCUCUUGUUGAUUCUUGAUCAUCAAAAUUAUCAAAUCAAUGGCAUUUUCAGAGCCAGGAGUCAUAUGCAAGAAGCAUCCACAACACAAACAACAACCAGGAGUAUGUUCAUGUUGUCUAAGAGAAAAACUCUCCAAGAUUAAUGGAACAUCUACAAUUGCUACAAUUUCUUCAAUACCUUCUUCUUUAUCCUCCUCCGCUUCCUUGUCCAAUUGUGCCUCGCCACGUGGCGGGGUAGGACACCGUCGGAUCACAUCCGACGUCACCGGUGGCCACUAUUCGUUCAUUACGCUAGCGGCCACCGGUGGAGGAGGAGGAGAAGGAUUGAAGAAGAGUAGAUCAAUAGCAUUUGUUGCUAGAGGAGGUAGAGCUGGAAUUAAUGGGAAGAAGAAGAAAGAAGGGUUUUGGUCAAAGUUGAUCCGGUCAACGGGGAAAAGGACCAAAAGGGCUAUUGUUCAUUGAUGAGUUGGAUAUAAUGUUUUUAUUAGGUGGAAUUCAAGAAAAUGUUAGGCAAUGAGUUAGGUGAAUACUUUGUAAUUUAGUGAUCAUUUGUAAUUUAGUGUUGGUAUUUGCACAUGUAAUCGUACAAAAGAGAUAAAGAAUCAUUUGAUUUA